AUGGGGAAAACAUUAAUAUUUGGAAAGAUAAAUAAUGGAGAGUGGAAUGUUAGUCUUAUUAAAAGUUUGUUUGAUGAUGAUUAUACUAUGAAAAUUAAAAUGAUUGAGCCUAACAUUAAAAACAUUGACAAACCUAAAUGGAUUGGUACCCAGGAUGGAGAGGUUACAGUUGGAUCUGCCUAUAAUUAUUUAUGUAAUAAUAAAAAACAUUUAGAUGCCAUAGUAGAAUGGUUGGAUAUUUGGAAGCUACAAGAGGAUCAGGGAAGUGCUCAUACUCUAAUGAGGCAGAAGCAAGAGCUUGUCGGGAAGCCACAAGAUCAGUUGCAGGCUCAUUCAGAUCGAUUGUUGAGACUGGAGGAGGCUGUUAAGAACAUCUCUUCUGAGGUUCGUUCUUUAUCUACUGAGAUCAUUCCUGUUAAAGAAUCUCUCACCACAAUCGUUCUGCUGUGUCAAAGAUUGGGUAUUCCUACUAAUCUAAUUCAACCGGAAAAUCCAGUGCAAACUGCUAUACCAUCUACUCAUGAUUUGAUUCCUCAAUCUCGUAAAUUCUCUCGACACCCAAAAAUUGAUUUUCCCAGAUUCGAUGGUUCUAAUCCUAGGGGUUGGAUUCGUAAGUGUAAUAGGUAUUUUCAGUUAAAUUCUAUUUAUGAAAUUCAUAAAGUAGAUAUAGCCUCAAUUCAUUUUGAUGAUGUAGCCUAUAAUAAUUAUGCUGGCAGUUUUAACAAACUGGCUCAACUUACUACUGUUGAAGAAUAUUAUGAACGUUAUGAGUCUUUAAAAGCCUUAAUGAAGUCUCGCAAUCCCAUUCUAUCUGAAGAUUAUCAUACUAUGAGUUUUGUUAGUGGGUUAAAGGAGGAGAUUCGUAAUGAUGUUCAAAUGCUCAGGCCUACUUCAGAUACUGAUGCCUUCUACCUUGCUAGAAUGCAACAAACCUCUCCAUUUGUGACACUUCCUUCUACACCUACUAGACUUGAACCUAAUACACCUCCUAUUAAGAAACUGACUCCAGCUCAGAUGAAAGUCAGAAGAGACAAAGGUUUAUGCUACAAUUGUGAUGAAUUAUAUAAACGGGUUCACAUAUGUAAGAAUCAACAGUUGUUUAUGUUGAUAGCAUCAGAUGAUGUUGCAUCUCCUUCUUCUGACAUUGAUGAGGAUGUUCCUUCUCCUCAUGCUCCAGAAUUGUCUACCAUGGAAAUAUCUUUACAUGCUCUCACUGGAUUGGUAACACAAAAUACCAUCAGAGUACCUGGUCAGCUUUAUUCUCAUGAUAUACUUAUACUUAUUGAUACAAGCAGCAUUCACAGUUUUGUUGAUGCUAAAUUAGCUGAGCAACUCCAACUUCCAGUAGAGCCCACUGGUCAAAUGCUAGUGACAGUGGCUAAUGAUGAUUCAACUAUCAGUAGAGGCAUCUGCAAUCAAUUACAUUGGUGUAUGCAGGACUACGAAUACCAGGAAGAUUUAAGGGUCUUACCACUUGGUGGUUGUGACAUGGUUCUUGGUAAUAAUAAACCUACUCUCAUUGGCCAAUUAUUUUCAAUUUCCACUACCCCUUUGGAACCAAUUCGUCCUGAGAUUUCUACAUUGUUAGAAUCCUAUGCUGAUGUUUUUGAACCUCCUACUUCCUUACCACCUCAGAGAGCUAUAGAUCAUCAAAUACCUUUGAAGCAUAAUUAUGCUCCCAUCUCUCAGAAGCCAUACAGAUGCCCUCAUAUGAAGAAAUCAGUAGUUGAAAAAUUAGUCCAAGAAAUGUUGGAUGCUGGGUUUAUAGAGGACAUCCACAGUCCUUUUGCUUCACCUAUACUUCUAGUCAAGAAGAAAGAUGGCUCUUGGAGAUUCUGUGUGGACUACAGAAAACUUAAUGACAUCACCAUCAAAGAUAAUUUUCCCAUUCAAUUGAUUGAUGAUUUAUUGGAUGAACUUCAUGGUGUUGUCAUUUUUACCAAAAUUGACCUUAAAUAUGGGUAUUAUCAAAUCCUAAUGCAUUUUGCUGAUAUUCAUAAAACUGCUUUUAGAACCCAUCAAGGGCAUUAUGAAUUUAGAUUCAUGCCAUUUGGUUAA